ACAACAGGUAUCGAAAGCACUGUCAUAACAAAAGUUUGCCCUCCGCGGAAUGUGUGCCGCGCUUGCACGUUGAUAAAGAAAAACAGAAAAUGCGUAGCAGCCAUUACGGGGGCUGUUAUUGAGCGCAAUCGAAAGCAUUUAGUUUCUCCGUGAAUUCUCCGUUUUGUGUUUAGCAGUUGCCUAAUUUUGUGUGUGCCUCCACGCGGUGGAAUGAGGAAUUUUCAAUCGCCCUACUUCCGUGAUUCAGACGACAGCGAAGAAGAGGAAGAAAUCGAUCUCGCACCGUACAUUUUGGCAGUGCGCCCCGACGAGCUCGAGGGGCUGGUAGAGUAUCUGUCCGAGGGGGAAGACGUAUCCGCGCCGGCCGAAUCGUUCGACAUGCCAAACGCCGACGAGAGCAGCGACAGCGAUGACACGUACGAGGUGGAGGACGACAGCCAGAUGUCCGACUCAAGCCUAGACUCGGACUCGGACGGGCAGGCGGAGGAAGAUGCGGCGAACGGCAACAAGCCCGGAGCGGCACAGGCGUCCACCUCGAACGGCGAGGGCACGGCGGAGGAAGCGCCCGCCCGCCGUGUGAUUGACGAUUACGACGAGGACAUGGAGGAGGACGAGGUGAUAAAGGCGAUCAUUUCGGAGAUCAAGAAACCGCGCUCGAAGCCGCCAGACAUCCAGACGGAGGACUUUGUGGUGGAUCUGUCGUUCCAUCCGUGCGAGGACAUACUGGCGGUUGGUACGUCGGUGGGCGAUGUGCUGAUGUACCGGUACGCGAACGACGCGAACGUGCUGGCGGCCACGCACGAGCUGCACACGAAAGCGAUCCGCUGCGUGGAGUUCGUGCCCGAUGGGAAGUCGCUCAUCUCGACCGGGCGCGAGCGGUCGAUCGUGGUGAUGGAUGCGGAGACGGGCAAAUUCAAGCGCUUCUGGGAAUCGGCCCACGACGAGCCGGUCUACUCGAUGACGGUGCUCGGGGAGCAUCUGUUUGCGACCGGGGACGACGAUGGAGAGGUGAAGCUGUGGGAUGUGCGUGAGCGGAAUGCGGUGUUUUCGCUCCGUCCGGUGGAGGACUUUGUGUCGUCUCUGCUGGCGAACCAGCAUCAGCAAAAGUACCUUCUGCUGACGAGUGGGGACGGUUUGCUCACAACAAUUAACAUUGCACAACGCAAAAUGUACGUGCAAUCAGAACCGUACGAGGAGGAGCUCAACUGCAUGGGAAUGUUCAAGCGCGAAAGCAAGCUGGUGGUGGGCACGUCCAAGGGCAAUUACUACACCUACAACUGGGGCCAGUUUGCGUACCACUGCGACGCAUUUACCGGGCCGUCGGCGAGCGCCAACCGUAUGGUACCGAUCACGGAGCAGAUUGCCGUCAUGGCGGGCGAGGACGGCAUCCUCCGGGCGAUGCACAUGGUGCCGGGGCGGGUGCUCGGCAUCGUCGGGCAGCACUCGAUGGCGGUGGACACGCUGGACAUUAGCGGGAGCGGCGAGCUGAUCGCGUCCAGCUCGCACGACAACGAUGUGCGCUUCUGGAACGUGAAGUACUUCGAGGACUUUGACGGCAUCAAGUACAACAGCAAGCCGGACAAGCGCAUGCUGAGGCACAAUCUGCCCUCGUCGCAGCGCACCAAUGCGAAGGAUUUCUUCGCCGGGCUGGGCGACGAUGAGUAGCGGCCACGCGGGGCAGCCGUAGCGUGACAAGCACAGGGAAGGUAGGAGGGGGAGAAAGUUCUUUAUUUUACAUUAAGGUAAUAUUUUGUGUAAUAACGUUUUGCGUGCUAAAAGCCAGUCCGAAAGGGCCCGUGUUACGCGUUUGCGGAUCGGAAUUGUGGUACGGAAUCAGGAGAUAAAAUGCGAUAAAAUUGUUAAGCGAUGAAAAUAAAAAUGUAUUUUACCUUACUCCACAA